AUGCUCCGUUUUACCCCUCCAUUUAUGCUUUGGCGCCGAUGGGCUCCCGCUGCUGUCGCCGCCGCACUGCCAGGUCUCUCGCUGCGGCUCUCGAGCAGUGAGAAGGAUUAUUACAAGAUUCUCGGCGUAAGCCGGACGGCAUCGGUGAGUGACAUUAAAAAGGCAUACCGCAAGCGGGCCCUGGAAACACAUCCGGAUCAAGGCGGAAAGAAGGAGGAAUUUGCCGAGGUUGCAGAGGCCUACGAGUGCCUUAGCAACGAGGAGAAGCGUCGUGUCUACGAUCAGUAUGGUUCAGAAGCAGCCGCAAAUAUGAACGCUGCGAAUGGGAUGGGUGGAUUUGGAGCUCACUCGGCUAAUGACAUUUUUGCCGAAUUUUUUAAGAGCAGAAUGGGUGGAUUUGGAGAUGACAUGCGACGUGGCCCGGCACAAGUCCAACCCAUCGAGGUGAAGUUGCGCAUGACACUGGAGGAGAUUUAUAAGGGGGUAACCAAAAAGCCCCGGGUAAACCGACCCGUGAAGUGUGCCGAUUGUCGUGGUUUUGGCACUAAAAGUCAAACAAAGAAGCCGAAAUGCGCCCACUGUGAUGGCAGUGGACAUGUCGUACACCAGCACCGCAUGGGUCCUGGGAUGGUGCAGCAAACAGUAACGCAAUGUCCUCGUUGUGGAGGCUCCGGCACAAUGGCAAAGUCAGACGAUCAGUGUCCCAAAUGUCAUGGAAUGGGCUACCGCCACCUUUCACAGGAAGUGAACAUUGAUAUUCCUCCCGGUGUGCCUUCAAAUGUUACUCUGGUGGUGCGUGGUGAGGGCGGAACGUUGCCCGACGCAGAACCAGGGGAUUUGCACGUGCAUGUUGAAGUGGCUCCUCACAAAAUAUUUACACGACGUGGUGAUGAUCUAUUGAUGAAGAAAGAAAUAUCCCUCUCUGAGGCUCUUUUAGGUACGCAGUUCUCUGUAAAAAUGUUGGAUGGACGUCAUGUUACGGUAAAGGUGCCUCACGAAAAUGUUCUUCGACCUGACAGCGUUCUUAAAGUGUCUGGAGAGGGCAUGCCAAGUGCCGACGGUGGACGUGGCGACCUCUAUGUUAUUACGCACUUGAAGAUGCCGGCAAAACUCACAGCUCAACAACGAGAAGCCAUUAUUCAGGCCUUUGGCAAACCGAACGAGGAGAAGCACACAUCCGCUGAUAAAACUACUACCGCGCGUGUGAUGCGUGAAAGCGCACAAGAACUGGAAGAUGCGAUGCGCGAUCAGUGGGAUGCUCAAGAGGGCGGUGGUUUUCGUUCUGGAGCCGGAGGCCAGGGGCGCGGCAGACAGAGUUCUCAACAGGCGGAGUGUGUUCAUCAGUAG